CUAAUACCCCACACCUGACCUGUCCUAAUUUCUGGAGAACUCCAGGUUUGUGUGUGCAAGAUACUGGCACAAGAAUACUUGCGUUUCUCUCUCCUCCUCAUCUCCUCCUGUGUCUCUGGCUUUGUGGUUUUUUUUCCCCCUUUUGAUGAUUAGGUGGUUAGAAGCUGAGGGAACUAGAAGGAAAGUCCUAGUUGUUCUUUAGGAACUUGGCUCGGGGAGCAGCUCCUCUCUUCCUAACGUAGGGUUAGCAUCUCUGCUUCUGUGGAACAUUGCUCCUCCCUACCACAGUUGCCCUGGUGAUGACUAUGCAUCCUACCUUGAAUCUGAUCAUGACAACAAACACCUUAGACUUUCAGCCAAGUCCUUAGCUCCUUCAGAUGUUUUUAUAACUAGGAUUCUCACCUGCACAUAUGUACUUGCGCAUGCGCGCACACACACACACAGAGACCAGGCACACGCACACAUGCCUUCCUGCUUUGUUACAUGACACUUCCUUUCCCACCUCCCCUUUGGAAUCCUGUCUCACACCUUUCAGGUGAUGGCUGUCUUAGUUGUCAUCUGCAGGGGCCCAACGUCUCUGAUGUUGUGGCCUUUUGGUGCCCAGGAUGAACUUCAGGGGAAAGUGAUGAGAAGCAUAGGGAGAGUGCAAGGCCCCUUCUCUGUGACUGGGGUCCAUUUGGGCAUUACUGCAAAGGCUUGUCCUCUGACUCCUGGUUGCCUCUUCCCAGGCCAGUUGUAAUUUGGUGUGGGGGUGUCUGCACCUGUGAGGGCCAGACGCUGCUGCUCCUGCUAGGCUUUCCCUUUGGGAAAAUAUUUCUCUUAUUUAUAGUAUUGAGCUUCCAGGGAAAGCAUUUGUGUGUGUGUGUGCAUGCACACAUGCUUAUACCCUGUGUGUGUGUGUGUGUGUGUGUGUGUGUGUGUGUGUGUAUACAUAUGUAAGUAAAUCUGCCAGGCAAGUCCAAACCAUAGAAGAGUUGCCUAUAUUUCAGAGAUUCCAGAGCUUAUUGUUAACAGCUUCUGUUCUCACUUGUCAGUCCCUCCUAUUUUCUUCUGUCACUGCUAGAGAGUCAUCAUCUGCAGUCUGCCUGUGGGAGACUCCUGGUGUGUCUUUCUGACUUAUCCUCCCCAUCUCUGUCUUCCAACCUCCAAUCACAUUUCCCCCUAGGUGCAUCCUUCUACUCCCAGUAUGCCGUGUAUAGGAGGAGUCCAGAUGCUGUCUUUUUAUGAGUAGUACUGAAUAACAAACCCAUUGCAUUUUAGUUGGACAAUGCCCCUUCCACCCCCCAAUCCCUUCCAGCUAAAGCCCUCCCCUCGCCUACCAUGUUUCUCAGUUUCUCUUUUUGUUUGUUGGAUCGGUCACUGCCCCUCCUCACCCUACCAGCCUUGUUGGAUCAUAAUGUAAAAUUCUUUUACCAUGUCAAGAAAUUAUUAAAAAUACAGGUACUUUGACUUAUUUCUAAAGCUGCAGACCCUGGUGCAAUGCUGUGGUGGCUAGGGGACAUAAUUACUUGUGUGUUCACAUGGGAACACCCAUCUCCACAUACAUGUACUUUAGCCACCCUAUUGGGUGUCUUUGUUACCAGUUGAGCGGCUGCUUUUCUUUGGGAUAAUGGAAUGACUGAGGCUUCUGCCUACCAUGAGGCAAGGCUUGGCCCAUCAUUUGUGUUCAGUGUGAAUCAUGUAAGUUAGCUCUUCCGAAACCUAAACUGCCUUCUGUCCCUAUCUGCACAAGAUCCUGGUUCCUUCCUUCCUUUCUUCCUUCCUUCCCCUGUGAUAUCCACCAACUGCCAGUAGAGGCUGCUCUAGUUCUGUGAACCUGGGAUGACUUGGUUCAAGGAACAUGCUAUCCUGUUGUCUCUUUACCUGCUACUAAUUCUCCCCUCUUACGAUGUCUUAAAUUUCAUAGGAGAUGCCAGAAACCUGUGCUUUUGGUUUUCAAAUGACUUGGAGGGCUGGUUAGGACCCUUGCUCCCUCUGAAAUAAAAGUUUCCUCAACUCCAUCUUGUAAAGUAGCCUUCUGGUAUCCAACAAUCCCCUCAUUGUCUCUGCAAAUAGAGAUUUUAGGUCUUAAACAAUGGAGGCACAUCUGCUCUGUUAUGUUUCAGAGAUUGCUACCAGUAGCUAACAAUCUUUGAAUACCUGCUGGUGUCAGGUUCCAUGAAGCACUUUACGUGCAGCAUCGUGUUCAGCUGUCAUGACUACAUAGGGUAGCUCUGUCCCUUCGUAGGUGAAGCACAGACAGUAUCAGUAGCUCUCCUUAGGUCACAGGGCUUAGGAACCUGGGGUCGGGGUACAAAUCUGACUGCUAAACCGAGGCCCUCACCACUCCUCUUUUUCCACUGAUAGAGGAGCCCUGAGACUAUAGAUCCAGGACCUGGCACUAGGCAGCUGGCCAAACAGUGCUGCUGAACUGGGCCGUGGAGACUAGAAAUACCAGGUACAGUGCCUGCCAGGAGACAGUUACUGCUGCCUGCAUGUAGCACAUGGGACUAGACUGGGCACCUGAGAUUUAUAUUCCUCAGACCUGUCCACCUUCAGGGUGGAAGGUUGAGUGCAGAGGUAAUCCAGAUGCCCUCUGAUCCAGUCUAAGUGAUGGAAAUCGGUAGUUAGUACUGACCUUGCUGCUGGUAGGAGGGAGUUCAGGGACAGGGGACAGACUUUGCGUCUGGAAGAAGUGCCUUGAGCCAAACCACAGAACAGAAAAUUGGAACAGAAUUAUAUAAAUCAAGGUUAGAAAUUUCCUGUCCAGCCCACAGGGUGGAGUUUUCUCCAUCCCUAACCAUCCUACUGAAUAUAAAGCCUGAUUUGCUGUCAGUAACUAGAAGAAGCAUCUGAUAGGACUCUCAUUUCAGCUCAGCAUCCACCAUGAAUCUCAAGGUACUCCUCGUGUUCCUGGCACUGUCCCUCAUUACCAUCUUUGCCCUGGCCUAUGUCUUGCUGACGAGUCGAGGCUCCAGCCAGCCUCCCCACUGCCCCUCCGUAUCCCACGGCGCCCAGCCCUGGGCACACCCUGGCCAGGGCCAGCUCUUUGCAGACCUGAGCCCAGAGGAGCUGACGGCUGUGAUGCGCUUUCUGACCCAGCAGCUGGGGCCAGGCCUGGUGGAUGCCGCCCAGGCCCAGCCCUCUGACAACUGCAUCUUCUCCGUGGAGCUGCAGCUGCCCCCCAAGGCCGCAGCCCUGGCCCACCUGGACGGGGGGAGCCCCCCACCUGCCCGGGAGGCGCUGGCCAUCGUCUUCUUUGGCAGACAAGCCCAGCCCAAUGUGAGCGAGCUGGUGGUGGGGCCGCUGCCACGCCCCUCCUACCUGCGGGAUGUGACUGUGGAGCGUCACGGGGGCCCCCUGCCUUACCACCGCCGUCCUCUGCUGCCAUCUGAGCAUUUCCACAUGUGGAAGCAUUUGAAAGAGGUGGAGCUACCCAAGGCCCCAGUCUUCCUGGCUUCUGUCUUCAACUACAACGGUUCCACUUUGGUCCCUACGCAUGCCAACCCUCGUGGCUUACGCUCAGGCGACCGAGCUACCUGGAUAGCCCUCAACCAUAACAUUUCAGGUGUUGGUUUUUUCCUUCACCCGGUGGGGCUGGAGCUACUGCUGGACCACAGGGCCCUGGAUCCUGCCCAAUGGUCUGUCCAGCAGGUCUUCUACCUUGGCCGCUACUAUGCAGACUUGGGCCAGCUGGAAUGGGAGUUUAAGGCUGGUCGGCUGGAAGUGGCCAAAGUCCCUCUACCCACGCCAAAUGGGGCUUCUUCCCUGAGGUCCCGUGUCCCCCCUGGUCCUCUUCCUCUUCAGUUCUCACCCCAGGGCGCUCAAUACAGUGUACAAGGAAACUUGGUGGCAUCCUCCCUCUGGACAUUUACCUUUGGCCACGGGGUGUUCAGUGGCAUGAGGAUUUUUGAUAUUCGCUUCAAGGGUGAGCGAGUGGCCUAUGAAAUCAGUGUGCAGGAGUGUUUAUCUGUCUAUGGUGCCGAUUCACCCAAGACAAUGAUGAUUCGCUACUUGGAUAGCAGCUUUGGACUUGGAAGACAUAGCCAGAGCUUGGUGCGGGGAGUGGACUGCCCCUACCAGUCUACAAUGGUAGACAUCCAUGUAUUAGUGGGCAAAGGGGCGGUCCAGCUGCUGCCAGGAGCUGUGUGUGUGUUUGAGGAGGCCCAGGGACUGCCCUUUCGAAGGCAUUACAAUCACCUCCAGAGUUAUUUCUAUGGUGGUUUGGCCAGCUCCGCCCUGGUAGUCAGGUCCAUAUCAUCUGUGGGCAACUAUGACUACAUUUGGGACUUCGUGUUCUAUCCAAAUGGGGCGCUGGAAGGGCGGGUUCAUGCCACAGGCUAUGUCAACACCGCUUUCCUGAGUGAGGGAGAAGAAAGCCUUCUCUUUGGGAACCGUGUGGGUGACCGAGUGCUGGGGGCUGUGCACACACAUGCCUUCCACUUCAAGCUGGACCUGGAUGUGGCAGGGUUGAAAAACUGGGUGGUAGCUGAAGACGUGGUGUUUAAGCCUGUAGCAGCCCCUUGGAGCCCGGAAUACCAACUGCAGCGCCCACAACUGACUCGACAGGUCCUAGGAAGGGAGGACCUGGCGACUUUUUCUUUGGGAAGCCCCCUUCCCCGCUACCUUUACCUGGCUAGCAACCAGACUAAUGCCUGGGGUCACCAGCGCGGAUACCGAAUCCAGGUCCACAGCCCCCGUGGCUUGCACAUGCCUCUGGAGAGCGACAUGGAGAAGGCCCUCAGCUGGGGGAGAUACCAGCUUGUGGUGACCCAGAGGAAGGAGAAAGAGCCACAGAGCAGCAGCAUCUAUUACCAGAAUGACAUCUGGGCAUCCACUGUGGCCUUUGCUGACUUCAUCAACAAUGAAACCCUCUUAGGAGAGGACCUGGUGGCUUGGGUUACAGCCAGCUUCCUGCACAUCCCUCAUGCUGAGGAUAUCCCCAACACGGUGACUGUGGGGAACAGAGUUGGCUUCUUGCUCCAACCUUAUAACUUCUUUGAUGAGGACCCCUCCAUCUACUCCCCUGGCAGCGUCUUCAUUGAGAAGGGUCAGGAUGCUGGGCUCUGCAGUGUCAACCCUGUGGCCUGCAUUCCCCAGGUAGCAGCCUGUGUCCCAGACCUGCCGCCUUUCUCUUACCGAGGCUUUUAACCCAAGGGUGUGGGGCACACGGUGGGCAUGGGGAGCUGAGACAUGUACCUUCCCCUCUGUUCCCACUUUCUGCUCCCCCUCUGACUUCAUCCUCUUACUGUUUCCUAGAAAACAGUCUCCACCACACCAGAUCCCCCUACAUCCUUCCGUUGAUUCUGAUUCCAAUUUGUCUUUUUAAAAUGCUGAAUUUAUAGAAGAUACAGAUACAAGUAAAACCACCACAAAUCCCACCACACAGAAAGAACUACUGUUCACAUCUGGUGGACAUCCUAGCAGACAUUUAUGCAUGUGCAUUUAAGUGUAAGAAGAGAAUUUUGUAAAAAGUAGGUGCUAUGUAUAAUAAAGAUAGGUGCUAUGUAAGAAGUAGGUGCUAUGUAUAAUAAAAAAAUUACAAGA